AUGCAAAAAGAGUCAGUGGAACCGAUUCGCGCUUGCAUCGUCCUUGCAUUGGCCACCAGCGCCUUCGCUGGUUUCGUCGGCCACGCUGGCUUUGGCGUCGCGCACGGCGGGUACGGCCUCGGCCUGGCUGCUGCGCCAGCUGUGGCCACAGUUGCCCACGCUGCCCCAGUCGCCACCGUCGCUCACGCUGCUCCAGUCGCCACUUACGCCGCUGCUCCAGUGGCUACCGCUAUCGCCGCCCCAGCUGUUGCCACUUACCACGCAGCCCCAGCUGUCGCCACCUUCCACACCGCUCCAGCUGUCACUGCCGUCCACGCAGCCCCAGCUCUUGCUACCACCGCCGUCCACCACGCCCCAGCUGUCGCCACUGUCGCCCAUGCUGCCCCUGCCUUCGCUGCCUACCACGCUGCCCCAGCUUACUACGGCUAUGGCGUUGGCACCCUCGGCUACGGUGCUGGUCACUACGGUUACGGUCAUGGUCUUCUCGGCUACGGCCUUAACUACGGCUACGGCCUUGGCACUCCAUUCCAUUAUGGUGCUCUCCUCCGCAGGAAGUCAAAAUCAAGAUGA